AUGAACAGUCCGUACGCAAAAGAACUCACCGUCGCUAUUGGCGCUUUGCAAAAAGCUGCAAAAUUGAGCCAAUCGAUUGUUUGUGACAAGGACAAAGGCGCAAUUGAGAAGGAUGACUUGAGUCCUGUCACAGUAGCCGAUUUUGCGGUCCAGGCGCUCCUCACAGCGACGAUCAAGAAUGCGUUUCCGGAGGACAAAGUUGUUGGGGAGGAAGAUGCUUCGGACUUGAGGCAGAACCCUGUGUUAAUGGAGAGGGUUUGGCAGCUCUUGGAGGGACUUGCUGGGGAUGAGGAUACAGUGUCUCUGUGCAAGUUGCCUGAGAGCAGGGAGCAGAUGUGUGAUCUUAUUGACGAGUGCGGAGCUAGUAGCCCGUCUGCCACUGGGAGAACUUGGGUGUUUGAUCCAAUUGAUGGGACGAAAACCUAUCUACUCGGUCAGCUUUAUGCUAUCAACAUGGCUUUGCUUGUGGAUGGUGAACAGACUGUUGGGAUUGUUGGUGCGCCAAAUUUGUCAAUUGAUGCAAAGGCACCUCUCAAGAAUGAAUACAUUGAUCGCACUGGUGAAGGAUGUAUAUUCUUCGCUGUCAAAGGCCACGGCGCUUACAUUCGCCCCCUGCGAACCGAUCGACCGAGGCGACUCCCUCUUUACAACUCCAACGACAUCAGCCUUGUCACCAGCUCAACAGUUGACUCCGCCCUCUCCGGCAUUCACGAAAUCGUCGCCUCGCGUCUCAACACUGCUUAUCCAGGAAACGACCUCCUGCCUUGGGUCCUUCGCUGGGCGGUUCUCGCGAUGGGUCUCGGUAACACGACAGUCUGGGUCUACAAGCGUCGAGAUCGAUACGCUAAAGCUUGGGACCAUGCGGGUGCCAUGUUGUUGUUCGAAGAGACUGGUGGCAAAAUUACGGAUGUCCAUGGGAAGAAGAUUGACUUGACGGCUGGGAGGAAGAUGAGUGCGAACUUUGGGUUUGUUGGAGCAAGGGAGGACCAUGGAAGGGUUAUGGAGAUUGUGAGGGAGGUGUUGAUCGACCAGGGAAAGGAAGAGUUCUUGACGUGA